AUGAGUCACAUUUUGAGUAUUCAUUCUAAUAGUGGCAGCUUUAUGUGCAACCGUGCCAUGGUGAAUUUAGCAGGCAAACGAUUUUUUAAAAACAUGAUGGACUACAAAGCAAAUUCUAUGGAUAGCAAAGCACUAUUUGAAGCCUUAGAUACUGUGCAAAAAACAGCCUUCCGCGUACCAAUAAAUAUUGGCGAAAAUACUCUUGUUGGUAGCGACGAGCAGCGUCAAGUACAUCCGCACAAUCAUAGGCGUACGCUUGUAAAAUUUUACUACGCCAAUACUCAACAGAUUAAGCUUGGUAUUGAAACAGCAUUGUGUAGUAAAAAACAUUGGCAGAAUACUAAUCUGUCAGAAAGGGCCGAAAUCUGGCGUAAAUGUGCUGACAUUAUCGCUGAAGAAGAUCAUCAUAUGUUGAAUGCUGCGAUAAUUUUGGGACAAGCUAAAACCCCGGAAGAAGCUGAGAAAGACACUUUCCAGUUAAUUAAUUUGUUGCGAAAAAGUGCCGAUUAUAUACUACGUCUAUCCCAAAUUAAUCUAAGCAAUAGCAAUCCUGAGCGAAUCAAAACAACAUACUUCCAGCGGCCACUCAACGGAUUCGUUUCAGCUAUUUCACCGUUCAAUCAUAACAACUUCUCUGCUCAUCUUGCAUUAAGCCCCGCCCUAAUGGGAAACUGUGUGCUUUGGAAGCCUUCUAGUAAUAGUAUAUAUUCUGAUUACUUAAUUUGGAAAGCUGCAAAGAAAGCAGGUAUGCCCCCAGGUGUGCUAAACUUCAUACCUUGUAAUGGCAACUUAUUCGUGGACGUAAUUACCAAAUCGCCUUAUUUUGGUGGCCUCAAUUUUGCCGGUAGGACGUCAAAUUUUCAUAACAUAUUUAAUGUUGCUUAUCUGCGACUAAAACAUUUUAAAAGUUUACCACGUAUGGUGGCCGAAUGCAGUACGAAAAACUUCCAUUUUGUCCACGAAAGUGCGGAUGUGCAUGUUGUAGCAGAGGCUACUAUCCAAGCAGCCUUUGAAUAUUCUGGACAAAAAUGUUCAGCAUGUUCGUGCAUUUACGUGCCAGAAACGUUAUGGGUCCAAUUAAAGCCUUUAUUAUUAGACCAUAUAUCACGUGUCAAGGUAGGAGACCCAUGCGAUUUCACAUCAGCAACGUCGGCCGUCAUCAGCGAAAUUGCUUAUGAGCGCAUAAUAAAAUAUAUUAGAAAAGCCAGUGACAAUUCCAAAUCUAAAAUUAUAUAUGGUGGGAAUUAUUGCAAAUCUCAUGGUUACUUUAUAGAACCAACAGUGGUGGUUUGCAACGACCCUUUGGAUCCCUUAAUGACCCAAGAUAUUUGCGGACCAGUGCUAAGUGUAUAUCUAUAUAAAAAUAACGACUUAGAUAAGAUUGUUAGCUUGUUAAUAAAAGAGUCUACAUAUGCCUAUACAGCGUCAGUAUUUGCGGAUUUGAAAAAUGCUCAUGAACUGAUUGAGCGGUUAAGCUCGGUAUCAAAUAAUUUUUAUAUCAAUGGAAGUUGUUCGGGCAAUAUUAUGGGGCACCCUCGAUUCAGUGGAACCCGUCUUUCUGGUACUAAUGAUCACAAAAGUUCAAAAUUCUAUUUUAUGCGUUGGACAUGUCAACAAUUAAUUGAAGAGUCUAUCGAUACUAAAUCAAAGACAGAUAAAAAACCAUUAUGAGCGUACUUGAGAUGAGAUUGUUUAUUAAUUUCUUAUUUAUUUUUAUUUAAUUAGCAACUCGAGCAUACACAUUAAUUUACGCAAAUUUAAAUAAAUUCUAUUAUGGACUUCAAUAUUCGAACUAGUAAUAAUAAAUAUGUACAUAAAUAUGCUA